UAUUAUAGGUACAUUUAAACUGGCAUUCUAUUUUAGAUUUAUGCCGCCCUGAGUGCGUUUUUAUAUUCGUGAUAAUUUUUGUUUGUAAAACAAAUUAGGUCAAAAUGUACGUAAGAUGACAAUGCAUAGUCGACUAGCAGUAUUAAUACUAUUUUUUGGGGAAUUUAUUUUUGCAAAUAAUGAAUUAAGAAACAGUGAAAUUUUUUAUUCUAAAGAAGGAUUGAAAAACACAACAAAUGCCUUAACUGCAGAGAGAAGUGGAAAAUUUCUUUUCGAUGCAAUAUUUCGAAUCAGCUCAAGCAUUACCAAUGCUUUCGGAUAUGAAGGAGAAGAAUACUCUGAUUACAAUGAAGAUAUUAAUAUAAAGACUUGCGAAUGUGAUUGUGGAUAUUCCAAUGAAGAAAUAAGGAUAGUUGGUGGUAGACCAACAGGCAUUAAUCAAUACCCUUGGAUGGCUCGUAUAGUAUAUGAUGGCAAAUUUCAUUGCGGAGGUUCUCUGCUUACAAAAGAGUAUGUGUUAACAGCAGCCCAUUGUGUUAAAAAACUAAGAAAAUCAAAAAUACGGAUAAUUUUUGGAGACCACGAUCAGCAUAUUACAUCUGAAUCUAAAGCCAUUCAGAGGGCCGUAAGUGCUAUAAUUAAACAUAGAAAUUUCAACCCCGACAGUUAUAACAACGAUAUAGCGUUGAUAAAAUUAAGGAAACCAAUGGCGUUUUCGAAAAUUAUAAAACCGGUAUGCUUACCGCGUUUUAACUAUGAUCCCGCAGGUACAUAAACAUUAAAAAAUCUUAGAU